AUGUCUCUUCCUCCUUAUGAGUCAUCGAAAGGUAAUGAAGGUUAUCUAGAUGAUGUCAAAAAGUCUGGGCCCCCAGAUGAUGUCAAAAGUUCUGGUCUUCCGGCAUAUGACCUAGAAUAUGGAUUGCCAGAAGGUCCUAACUUUAUUCGAAGAGAAUUUAUUUUUUGCAAUAUGCAUUGGACCACAGAUACACUCGCAUUCACUUCUAGUGAUUCAGUUACUAAAUACAAGUCGUUCAAGAAGGUUCCAGCGGAUUCUGAUAAUUUUAAGCAUGUACUGAAUCUACAGCAACAAGGUAUAGGGAUGCCUUUGAUGGAAGCAGUAUUCAGUUGGACGCAUAGCUUUGGAAAUGGUAAAUUUGCUACCAUAUAUAAAUAUUUGCCUCCGCUGCCAGGAUCGGGUAGGUUAUUUGAUAAGAAACGUGAUAGAUAUAAGUUCUGCAGUGUUCGUAAAAAGGCUGGUCCUCAUUAUUCGCGAUACACAUUUACGAUUCUGCCUAAACCUGAAAACCCAUCAGAGACGUUCGAAUUUUCGAUUUUCUUCCAUAGUAAAUUGCCUAUUGCAGACGUUACUAAAUGUGAAAACAGUGAUCAGAGAUACAGAUGGGUGCAUUCUGAAUAUCAUGCCCUUAUGCUGAACUUUACCUAUUCUUUGUAUGCUUUAGAUGAGCAUCAAACUUCCAUGAUCGACAAUAUAGAUGCCGGGAGCCAGAAAUUGGACAAAAAAAAUCCUUUGGUAUACAGUUCUCUUGGUCAAUUGUUUAAAUUUGAAUCGACAACGAUUAAAGAUGAAUAUUUAUCUCUGGUGAAAUCCGGUGAAUUAAUCCAUUUGAAGGAAAAAAUUAUGAUCACCUCAUAUCAAGAAACUGCUAAACUUUUAUUACAUAUUGAGAGAAACUCACAUUCUACAGACCUUGAAAGUGUUAACUCUGUGGAAUUACACGAAUUAAUCAAUAUGUGUAUGUCUUUUGUUAUAAAAAGACGUGAAGAACUUAGAAUAGAAUCUGCAAUAGCAACCGUAAGCAGUGCUUAA